AUGACGUCAGCUGGCCAAUAUGGCGGCCAUAAGCCACCACGUCAACACGAUGAAAAAAAAGGAAAAUGUACAGUGGAAGUUACAAAUAAGUUCGGCACAAUAGAAAAAAUUGAUAAGCGUAAGGCUUGGAUAAUGGCUACACGCACUGGAGAAGCGGUGACAAGCAGAAUGAGAAUUUGCUCCUUACAUUUUAGUGCUAGCGACUAUGUUUUCUCAGAGCUAGAAUAUGAAAAGCCACGUCUAAAAAAAUCUGCUGUUCCAACACUUCAACUUCCCAUGCAAAAGAUCAUUUCUACUGCUUCAAAAGCCAGGGCUGAACGAGUUGCAAAACGAGAAGCGAAAAAAGCAAACAAAAAGGAGAAAGAAGAAACAGUAAAAGAUACAGACGAGGCUGUUAUUGCCAUCGAUAUCAAUGAAGUUGGAGUUGACAGCGCGGGAAACAAUGAGACGUUAUUAAUUGUAGAUGAGGAGAAAACAAAACUUAGGGACAUCGAUAUUCAAACGGAUUUCUAUUCUUCAUAUUAUGAUCAAAUAAAAACCGAUCGUGAACUAAGUACAGCUACAGGAAUUCCCAAUUUUGAAAUAUUUCAUGUAAUUGUGAGUAAUGUCAAGAAACUGUACAACAAUGCUAAGAGUAAGUUAUCAGUAGAAGCAAAAGUGAUGCUGACAUUUAUUAAAUUAAAACAAAAUAUUUCAUUCGCUUUUUUGGCCACUUUGUUCAAUUGCUAUUCUGUAAAAACUUGUCGAAGGAUUUUUGUAAACAUGAUUAGAGUACUGCGUGUAUGUUUCGACAGUUGCAUACAUUGGCCCUCAAAACAAGAGAUCCUUAGAAAUAUUCCAAACUGUUUCCUUCCAUUUCCUGAUAUUCGCAUAAUAUUAGAUUGUACGGAAAUACUUUUGCAAAAACCUAAAUCUGUAUGCUGUCAAGCGAUAACAUACUCUAAUUAUAAAUCAAACUAUACUUUAAAGAUCAUGACAGGUGUUACACCAGCUGGAACAAUUUCAUUCGUAAGUCGUUGCUAUGGAGGUCGAUUUUCGGACAAAGCAAUUUUUGAGCAAAGCAACUUGUUUAGUUUGCUAGAAAAAGGUGAUAGAAUAAUGAUUGAUAGAGGAUUUUUUAUAGAUGCACAAUGCAAAGAACAUGAUAUUCAAAUCGUUAGGCCUCCAUUCUUAAGAAAUAAGAGUCAGUUAUCAACAGAAGAAGCACUUCUUAGCCAACAAAUAGCAAAAGCGAGAGUUCAUAUUGAACGCAGUAAUCAGAGGCUGAAAGUAUUUAAUAUAUUGAAAGGUAGAUUUCCCAUUAGUUUGGUACAUCUUUGUGAAGAUAUUUUUAUAAUUAUUUGUGGUCUUGUAAACCUUGGCGAUUAUAUGAUUAUUAAGAUUCAGAAUUCAUACGCAGAUGCAAAUAUAAAGUGA